UCCCAGCUUCACUUCCAGUCGGACAGAGUCGAGUCGAACAACCCCGGGGCCCAAUCCGCACCUUCCAGCAUGGCGACACCUCUCACCGACCAGGAGAAGCGCAAGCAGAUCAGCAUCAGGGGCAUCGUGGGAGUGGAGAACGUCGCGGAGCUGAAGAAGGGCUUCAACCGGCACCUGCACUUCACCCUGGUCAAAGACAGGAACAUCGCCACUCCCAGGGACUAUUACUUUGCCCUGGCUCACACUGUGAGAGAUCACCUGGUUGGGAGGUGGAUCAGAACCCAGCAGUUUUACUAUGAGGCAGACCCGAAGAGGGUGUACUAUCUGUCUCUGGAGUUCUACAUGGGCAGGACGCUGCAAAACACCAUGAUCAACCUGGGGCUGCAGAACGCCUGCGAUGAAGCCAUUUACCAGCUGGGCCUCGACAUGGAGGAGCUGGAGGACAUGGAGGAGGAUGCGGGGCUGGGCAACGGAGGCCUGGGCAGACUGGCAGCUUGUUUCUUGGAUUCUAUGGCCACGCUGGGUCUGGCAGCUUAUGGCUACGGCAUUCGCUACGAAUACGGGAUCUUCAACCAGAAGAUAAGAGACGGCUGGCAGGUGGAGGAGGCAGACGACUGGCUGAGGCACGGGAACCCGUGGGAGAAGGCGCGUCCCGAGUACAUGCUGCCCGUUCAUUUCUACGGACGAGUGGAGCAGACGAGAGAAGGCUCCAAAUGGGUGGACACUCAGGUGGUCCUGGCCAUGCCGUACGACACGCCCAUCCCCGGAUACAUGAACAACACUGUGAACACCAUGAGGCUCUGGUCGGCCCGCGCCCCCAACGACUUCAACCUGAGAGACUUCAAUGUGGGCGAUUACAUCCAGGCGGUUCUGGACAGAAACCUGGCCGAGAACAUCUCCCGCGUGCUUUACCCCAACGACAACUUCUUCGAGGGGAAAGAGCUCCGUUUGAAGCAGGAGUACUUCGUGGUGGCAGCCACACUCCAAGACAUCAUCCGCCGCUUCAAGACCACCAAGAAGGGCAACCCGAGCCGCACGUCCUUCCAGAGCUUCCCGGACAAAGUUGCCAUCCAGCUGAAUGACACGCAUCCGGCCAUGGCCAUCCCCGAGCUGAUGAGAAUCUUUGUGGACAUUGAGAAACUGGACUGGGACGUGGCCUGGGACCUGACCAGGCGGACCUUCGCCUACACCAACCACACGGUGCUGCCUGAAGCUCUGGAGCGUUGGCCCGUGGAGCUGAUGGAGAAGCUCCUGCCCCGACACCUGCAGAUCAUCUACCAGAUCAACCAGGUUCACCUCGACAGAAUCGCGGCUCUGUUCCCGAAAGACAUGGACAAACUGAGGAAAAUGUCUUUGAUCGAAGAAGACGGGUGCAAGCGGGUUAACAUGGCGCAUCUGUGCAUCGUGGGAUCUCACGCCGUCAAUGGAGUCGCUGAGAUACACUCCAAGAUCGUCAAGACUGAAGUAUUCCGGGAUUUCAGCGAGCUGGAGCCGGAGAAGUUUCAGAACAAAACCAACGGCAUCACUCCCAGACGCUGGCUGCUGCUCUGCAACCCGGGCCUGGCCGAGCUCAUCGCCGAGGCCAUCGGGGAGGACUACGUGAAGGAUCUCGGCCAGCUGCAGAAGCUGAACGACUAUGUGGACGACGUCGCCUUCGUCCGUGACGUCUCUAAAGUCAAACAGGACAACAAGGUGAAGUUCGCCCACUACCUGGAGAGAGAGUACCGGGUCAAGAUCAACGCCGCGUCCAUGUUCGACGUGCACGUGAAGAGGAUCCACGAGUACAAGCGGCAGCUCCUCAACUGCCUGCACGUCGUGGUCAUGUACAACCGCAUCAGGAAGAACCCCACAGCACCGUUUGUUCCACGGACAGUGAUCAUUGGAGGGAAGGCUGCGCCCGGGUACCACAUGGCCAAAAUGAUCAUAAAGCUCAUCACCUCAGUGGCCGACGUGGUGAAUAACGACCCCGUGGUGGGAAACAAGCUGAAGGUCAUUUUCCUGGAGAACUACAGGGUGUCUCUAGCGGAGAAAGUGAUCCCUGCCACCGACCUGUCGGAGCAGAUCUCCACUGCCGGGACUGAGGCCUCAGGAACAGGGAACAUGAAGUUCAUGCUGAACGGAGCUCUGACCAUCGGCACCAUGGACGGCGCCAACGUGGAGAUGGCCGAGGAGGCCGGCGAGGAGAACCUCUUCAUCUUUGGCAUGAGGGUGGAGGACGUGGCUGAACUGGACCGGAAAGGAUAUGACGCCAUGGUGUACUACAAUAAGCUUCCUGAGCUGAAACAAGUGAUGGACCAGAUCACAAGUGGAUAUUUCAGCCCUAAAAAUCCAGAUCUUUUCAAAGACCUCACAAACAUGCUCUUCAAAUAUGACCGUUUUAAAGUCUUUGCAGACUUUGAAGACUAUAUAAAAUGCCAGGAGAAGGUCAGCAAGCUGUACGAGAAUCCAAAGGAAUGGACAAAGAUGGUGAUCAGGAACAUCGCAGCCACGGGAAAGUUCUCCAGCGACAGAACCAUCAAAGAGUACGCGACUGAGGUGUGGGGGGUCGAGCCCACAGACCUGAAGAUCCCCGCGCCCAACGAGCCCAGAGAGGCCAUCGAAGAAACAGCCAGAGCUCUGAAGAAAAUGUAAGGUUGUGUCUGACAACCAGGGCUGUCUUCGUGUUUACGACACAUUAGCUGUGCUUCUGUGCCUUCAGUCGCGUUAGCACGUCGUCAUUUCCUGCACAAAGCCUCAAACGCGUCUGUUACAGUCCUUCACGCUGUAAAUGUGGAGUCACUGAGCAGUGAGGUCAAAUAUUUUGAUCAUAUUUCACAUUCCCUAAGGAACGAUGGGAGUGAUGCUGAUGGUGAUAUUCAAGACUCUAGGCAGAUUUUAUUUGCAUCUGUUUCACAGUUUAACGAGGAUUAGGGAAAAAUGUAAACCUACCUAAUUUCUGCUCUAAAGAAUUUUGUAGUGUUUAAAUAAAACAUGUACUAUA